AUGAUCUUACCCACACAUGAGAAAUUGUUCGACAUUGCCACCAAAUUCAAGGAUAAGCAAAAUGCGAUUCAAAAGCUAGGCGGCAACACAGAUUGUACCCCGUGGUUCGCACUUUGGUACUUGAUAUUUCACGAUUUCGGUACGAAGGCAGAAUUCAUCACUACCAAAGAUGCUAAAGCUCUAACUCCUAAAUAA